CCGGCUCUUAUUUCUCUCUCCUCCUCGAGGCCUGUUUCUCGCUCUCUCUCUCUUCCCCUUCUGUCUCAGUAGGGCUUCCAUUUGGCUCUUCUCCGGCUCGCUUCCCUCGGCGCACGUUACCUUCUCGUCCUCUUCUAUCUUACGCCUCUGGAGGGUUAAGGGGUGUUCUGUUUCGAUUCUGCUUUUGGUCGAUCUUCCAUUGUUAGAUCUUGUAAGCUCUAAAGUUGAUUCGUAUUGUUGGGGCGGGGUGAGUGUUCGUGCUUUGAUGCGUUGGCGGAGAUCUGAAUCCGCCGCGGAACGAGGGAAGUGUUCGGUUCGGACAUGGCCAAUCCUGGAGUUGGGACCAAAUUUGUGUCGGUGAACUUGAACAAAUCUUACGGGCAGCAUGCACAGCACCACCAAGCAAACUCUUACGGACAGAGUCGAACCCGGGUUGGUAGUCAUGGUGGCAGUGGAAGUGGAGGUAUGGUGGUGCUUUCGCGGCCUCGUAGCUCACAGAAAGCUGGGCCCAAGCUUUCUGUUCCACCCCCCUUGAACUUGCCAUCUUUGAGGAAGGAGCAUGAGAAAUUCGACACCUUGGGAACCAGUGGCAGUGCUGCUGGUGGAGGGGUGAGUGGAAAUGGGAUGAGGCCCGGUUCAUCUGGUAUGGGAUGGACUAAACCAGUGAAUGUCGGCUUGCAGGAGAAGGAAGUUUCUGGUUCUGGUGAUAAGUGUGUUUCUGGAGCGGUUGAUCUGGAAUUGCAUAGUGCUGCUGAUGCCUUGAAUAAGGGAGGUAGUGCAUAUAUGCCACCUUCGGGUCGGUCUGGACCUGUAGUUUCCGCAUAUCUGCCAGUGCAGAAAGCUUCAGUUUUGAGGGGAGAGGACUUCCCUUCUUUGCGAGCUGCCGUUCCUUCUGCAUCUGGCUCAUCACAGAGGCAGAAGGAUGGUCCGAGUCUGAAACAAAAGCAGUUGUCCAGUGAAGAGGCAGGUAAUGAGCAGAGGCCAAACUCUCAUAUGAGCUCCCUCGUUGACAUGCGUCCUCAAGUGCUGUCAUCUCGUCAUAGUUUUGCUAAUGAUGUUCAUGAAAAUGGAAAUGAGAAUCAUACUUUUGGCAGUUCUCGAACUUCUGAGCAGAGUCGAAAGCAGGAUGAUUACUUUUCAGGGCCACUGCCUCUUGUUCGAUUGAAUCCAAGGUCUGAUUGGGCUGAUGAUGAGCGUGAUACUAGUCGUGGUUUGAUAGAACGUGGCAGAGACAAUGUCUUUUCCAAGAGUGAAGCUUAUUGGGAUGGGGAUUUUGAUAUGCCCAAGGUAAGUUUUCCCCCUCACAAACCAGCUCAUGGCUCUCUUAACAGGUGGGGUCAGCGUGACAAUGAAACUGGGAAAUAUUCUUCCAGCGAAGUCCACAGAGCAGACCCUUAUGGCAGAGAUGUGAGAAUAUCUGGUGGCGAUGGCAGGGAGGGAAACUCAUGGAAAAUAUCUUCCCCCAUUCCAAAAGGUGGAGCUGGUGUACCAGAAUCCAGAAACGACAGAAACAAUCUUGGUGUCAGGUCAUCUAUGCUGAGUAUGGAAACAAAAAAGGAUGAUAAGCACAUCUCUUUUCCUUUUAGAGAUGGUGCGCCUGAUGAUCUUGGAAGGAAGGACAUUGCUUACGGACAAGGUGGGAGACUGUCAUGGAACAGCAAUUUAGAUUCAUUCAAUAGUCGAGGGACAGAGCGGAUUGUGAGAGCCCGUAAUGGCUCUGAACAGUUCACCAAAUACAAUGGUGAUGGUCCCCAAAAUAGUUCAGCAUCCAAAAGCUCAUCUGGUGGUAGAGGCCUUCCUGUGAAUGAUCCAAUACUUAAUUUUGCAAAGGAUAAACGUCCAUUCUCAAAGAAUGAAAAGCCUUAUCUGGAGGACCCUUUCUUAAAGGAUUUUGGUGAUGGACGUGAUUCUCUUUCUGGAAGCCUUGUAGGCGUGGUGAAAAGAAAAAAAGAUAUGCUUAAGCAGACCGACUUUUAUGACCCUGUCAGGGAGUCUUUUGAGGCUGAACUUGAGAGAGUUCAGAAGAUGCAAGAGCAGGAACGGCAGCGCAUUCUCGAGGAACAAGAAAGAGCCUUGGAGUUUGCCCGUCGGGAAGAGGAGGAGAGAGCUAGGCUAGUCAGAGAACAGGAGGAAAUGCAGAAAAGGCUUGAAGAAGAAGCCAAAGAAGCUGCCUGGAGAGCAGAACAAGAAAGGUUGGAAGCCUUGCACAGAGCUGAGGAGCAGAGGAUAGCGAGGGAAGAGGAGAGGCGGAGGGUUCUCUUGGAAGAAGAAAGGAGAAAACAGGCAGCUAAGCAAAAGCUUUUGGAACUAGAGGAGAGGAUUGCCAAGAGGCAGGCUGAAGCAGUAAGAGGUAGUAGUAACUCUUUAAUUGCAGAUGAGAGGUAUGCGGGGUUGCUGAAAGAGAAAGAUACAUUGAGGGGAGCAGAUACAGGUGAUUGGGAAGAUAGUGAACAUAUGGUUGAGAGGAUUACUACUCCAGCAUCUUCUGAUUCUUCUACUUUCAAUAGAACAUUUGAGAUGGGCAGCAGGCCAAAUAUUUCUCGGGAUAGUUCAAUAUCAAUGGAAAGAGGGAAACCUUCUAAUUCAUGGAGAAGGGACCCGUUUGAGACAGGGAGCAGCUCAACCUUUGGUCUGGCAGAACAAGAGGGUGGUCAAUAUGGCCCUAGAGGAGAUGUAUCACACGGAGGAAGAACAUUGCAUAGGAAAGAGUACAAUGGAGCUGGUUAUGUGUCUUAUAGGAGUUACAAUAAAGGAGGGGUGUCAGAGCCUCAGAUGGAUGAUUUCCCUGACACUAGAGGGCACAGGUGGAAUCUUGAUGGAGAUCCUGUUAAUAGGAAUCCUGAGCUUGAUCCUGAGUUGCAUGAGAAUUUUAAUGAGAGGUUUGCUGGUGAUGUUGGGUGGGGGCACAGUCGGUCCCAUGGUUAUCCUUAUCCUCCAUCUUCUGAACAAUUUUAUCAGAAUCCUGAGGCAGAUGGAUCUUAUUCUUUUGGAAGGUCAAGGUAUUCCAUGAGGCAGCCUCGUGUUCUCCCUCCUCCUUCCUUAUCGUCCAUGCAUAAGCAUGCACGUGGAGGUGAAAUUGAGCGUCCAGGACCCUCAUCUUUUCUAGAUAGCAAGAUGCAUCAUACAGAUUCUGUAAGAAGUGAAUCAACUCUGAAUGUGGGUCAUGGGGUGGGUCAUCAAGAGGAUUUGGAUCAUGAAUUAGUUGGUGUCAAGCAAGAGAGCACUGAUGAGCAGAAACUAGAUCCACAGACUGCACCCAGGUGUGACUCCCAAUCCUCUCUCUCUGUUUCGAGCCCCCCUGAUUCUCCUAUUCAUCUUUCUCAUGAUGAUUUGGAUGAAUCUGGGGACUAUUCUGUGAAGUCAGCAGCUGGACAGGAUGGAGAUUUUCUCAUCCCUGAAAAGGAAGUUGUUGUCUUACCGACCAAAGCUGGGCAGGUUGCAAAUGCUUCCAGAUCUAUUUCUAGCGAGGACGAAGGGGAAUGGACGGAAGAGAACAACGAACUGUUGCAGGAGCAAGAAGAGUAUGAUGAAGAUGAAGAGGGAUACCAGGAAGAAGAUGAAGUACGAGAAGCAGAUGAUGAGAUUGGAGAUAGACAUCAGGAGCUUGACGAUAUUCACUUGGAGAAUGAAAGUUCAGCUGGGCUUGUGGACAACUUGGUUUUAGGCUUUAAUGAGGGCGUUGAAGUUCCUGUGCCAAGUGAUGAUUAUGAACAAAGUCCAAGGAACAGAGAAGUUGCUUAUGCAGUGCCAUCGGUUUCUCUUGGCCAUGGUCAAGAAGAGGAGUCCUCAGUCAGACUGAGCAGUGAUGUGCGGACUGGUCAACAUGUUGAUGGUUCUCCUCAGUCAAGCAUGGAUGCUUCAUCUAGGCUGCUGCAGGAAGCAGAGAAAGCCAUGCAAGGCCUGGUGAUUAAGCCUAACAAUAUUGUUGUUACACCGGCAGCUUCUCAGAUUUCUGAUGACAUGGAUGCUCCUGUCAGGCACGUAGUUCCAUCCGGUAGCAACUUGAUAUUGCAUUCUACUGCCCCUGGUGUUACUACUCAGGCUGAAGCACCUAAGCUUCAGUUCGGUCUGUUUUCUGGUCCUUCCUUGAUACCAUCUCCUGUGCCAGCUAUUCAAAUUGGUUCCAUACAGAUGCCUCUUCAUUUGCAUCCUCAAGUUUCUCCAUCUCUUAGUCCAAUGCAACAAGCACAUCCUCCUAUUUUUCAGUUUGGACAGCUCAGAUACUCAUCUGCAUUUCCUCCUGGAAUUGUGCCCAUGGCUCCCCAGCCAUUAUCAUUGGUUCAGCCAAAUGUUCCAGCUAAUUUUCCUUUUAACCAUAAUCGGGAUGGCUCUUUGUCUGUUCAACCAAGUCAAGACAUAACUGCUCCAAAUCUUGCGAAAAUGGAUGAUGCAUCUCUGUCAGCAGAAAGCCAAUCAGGUGUUGUUCCCAGGCACUCGAUUCUGCCUCAAGAUAAGGCUAUGAAAAACCUAAAUCCAUCAGCAGCCAGAGACAAAGCAGAAAGCAUGUUGACUGUGCAGCAGGAUCGAGCAGAGAAUGCUCAGUUUCUCGAGGGCAACAAUGUUCCGGUUUUCAAAUUAGAGGAGCCGGACCAACAGAAUGAAGGUGGCAAGAACUACAAAUUCAUGUCAAAUUCGAAAAAAUGGGAAGGGCAGGGCAUAACUGGGUUCCCAUCAUCUCAAGCCAUCAGGAAAGAAAGGGAUUUCAAUGGAUCAAAGGUUCAUGGCUCUGUAAAUGGUGGAAAAGUGAAGCACUAUGUGUUCAAGGUAAAAAACCCUGCAUCAAGGUCAUCUCUUCCAGAAAUUGAGGUUUCCCAGUCAGAUUCUUCAGGAUAUCAAAGAAGGCAGAGGCGUACUGUAAGGCGAACUGAGUUCCGAGUUAGAGAGAACGGCGAAAGAAGGCGAUCAGCAAUCCUUGGUUCACCCUCGCUCCUUGGGCUGGAUGACAGGUCAAGUGUAAAUGCUAGAAGCACAGUAAUUUCAGGAAGAACUGGUUCUGGAAAGGCUGUAUUGUCAAGUAAACUGCCCAAGCGGACAUUUGAGUCUGAAAGUAUUAGAUCUGGCUCAAUGAAUACUCAAGAAAUGGAAUCUUGUAGCAGAAAUGAAAAGCGAUCUUUGAAAGAGUCGAUCUCAAAGACCCAGUCUGUACAUCAGCCACACUCCCUUGAGCAAAUCCCUAAGAGCAAUGUUCAUGAAGAAGAUAUUGAUGCUCCUCUUCAAAGCGGUAUUGUGCGUGUUUUUCAGCAACCUGGAAUAGAAGCCCCUAGUGAUGAAGACGACUUCAUUGAGGUGAGGUCAAAGAGGCAAAUGCUGAACGACAAGCGUGAGCAGAGAGAGAAAGAGAUCAGGGCAAAGUCCCGUGUCGCAAAGGUGCCAAGGAAGUCUCAUCCAUUGCCCAAUGCUACUAACUUCCCCAGUAGCUCCAAGAGAAUCUCUUCCUUGAGAAGUGGAGAAACUGCGACCACGGGUCACAACGACUUUGCCACCGCAGAUGGACAUGGUUUGGCAAAUAUUGAAUUAUCAGUUACUUUUAGUGCCUCUAUGGUGUCGCAACCAUUGGCACCAAUUGGGACACCUGCUGCUAAAACUGAAGCUCAGGCUGAGUCGGAUCCCCAAACGAUCAUGUCCCUUCCAGCUGACAUUGGAAAGAAUCUUGGGCCAGGCUCAAUAUUUGAGAGCAAGAAUAAGGCCAUGGAUAAUGUACAACCUCUGGACUCCUGGGGUAAUUCAGGGAUUAACCAACAGGUUAUGUCCCUUACACAGUCACAACUUGACGAGGCAAUGAAGCCUGCAAAAUUUGAUGCGCGUGUUUCUGUUGGAGAAUCUAGUUUUACAGCUGGUGAGGGUAGUGUGCCAUUGGCGUCCAUAUCAGCAAAAGACAAAUCUUUUUCUUCAGCAGCAAGUCCAAUAAAUUCUCUGCUUGCGGGGGAGAAAAUUCAGUUUGGUGCGGUAACAUCUCCAACGGUUCUUCCUCCUAGCAGCCAUGCUCUUUCUCAUGGGAUAGGCCCUCCAAAUUCAUGUCUUCUGGAUGUUCAAGUUUCUCAUAAACUUUCUGCAACUGAAGAUGGUUGCAACAUAUUUUUCGAGAAGGAUAAGAACUCAGGUGAGCCCUGUGUUCAUCUAGAAGAUAGUGAAGCUGAAGCUGAAGCAGCUGCUUCUGCUGUUGCUGUUGCUGCAAUUAGCAGUGAUGAGAUAGUUGGGAAUGGACUGGGUCGCUCUGUUUCUGUUUCAGAUGCCAAAACUUUUGGAGCCGUAGAUGUUGACGGGAUAUCCACAGGUGUAGCUGGUGAUCAGGAGUCAGUAAAUCACUUAAGGGCGGAAGAGUCUCUAAAUGUUUCUCUUCCUGCUGACCUCUCUGUUGAAACCCCUCCCAUUUCCUUGUGGCAACCAUUGACAAGCUCACAGAGCACUUCAAGCCAGAUGCUUUCACAUUUUCCUGGAGGGCCACCUUCUCAUUUUCCUUUCUAUGAGAUGAACCCGAUGAUGGGGAGUCCAAUAUUUGCUUUCGGUCCCAAUGAGGAAUCUGCAUCUACACAACAGCAAUCACAGAAGAGCAGUGCACCCAAUUCAGGGCCCCAUGGGUCCUGGCCACAAUGCCAUUCUGGUGUAGAUUCAUUUUACGGUCCUCCUGCAGGGUUUACUGGCCCUUUCAUCAGUCCUGGAGGAAUACCUGGAGUUCAGGGCCCACCUCAUAUGGUUGUCUAUAAUCAUUUUGCACCAGUUGGGCAGUUUGGACAGGUUGGCUUGAGUUUCAUGGGCACUACCUUCAUACCUUCAGGAAGGCAACCUGAUUGGAAGCACAAUCCUGCAUCUGCUCCAAUGGCUGGUGAGGGCGAUAUGAACAAUUUAAACGUUGUUCCCACCCAGCGCAAUCCGGCAAAUAUGCCUGCUCCAAUUCAGCAUCUUGCUCCUGGCUCACCUCUACUGCCCAUAGCUUCCCCGAUGUUUGAUGUGCCUCCUUUCCAGACCAAUCCCGAGAUGUCGGUCCAUGCUCGAUGGACUCAUCUUCCUGCUUCUCCACUACAGUCCUCUUCAAUGUCUUUGCCAAUGCAGCAGCAAGCUGGGACACUGCCUCCACAGUUUAGCAACGGUCCUUCUGUUGACCAAUCAUUAGCUGCCAACAGAUUUGCCGAUACUCGCACCUCAACUCCAGAAAGCAGUCGGAAUUUUCCUGUGGCAGCAGAUGGCAAUGCUAACCGGUUGCCUGAUGAGCUAGGACUGCUAGACCCAUCAAGCUCCGGUUCAGGGGCUACUACUCAGAGUAUCGUCGCCAAGAAUUCACCUUUAAAUGCCAAUGUUAAUCAUCAGAAUGGCGGUGAUAAUGAUGGAUGCAGCUCUGAAACAGCUGCAGUUUUCGAGAACAAACCUUCUCAUCAGAGAAGUAUUUCUUCCCACAAUUACAGCAGCUCUUCUGCAUAUAACUAUCCGAGAGGAGGCCCUUCUCAAAAGGGCAAUGAAUGGCCUCACCGCCGAGCAGGUUUUCAAGGACGGAACCAUUCUUUUGGUUCAGAAAAGGGCUUUGCUUCCUCCAAGGUGAAGCAAAUAUAUGUGGCUAAGCAGACUAGCGGUGGGAAAACAGCAACCUCAUAAAAGACCAUGGAAAGUUGAUGUCAUCAUGGCAGAUAAAGCGUGACAUUUGGUAGGCUCCACUAUGAAACUUCUAUUUCGGAAAAAAGUCGCUUGCCUUGAAGGUGAGUGCUGAGAUCUGGGAUUAUGUGGGACUAUCAAGAAGGAGCCAUGCCAAACCUAAUAAAACUUGCAGAAAGUAUCUCAGGAUAAGCAUUUUUGGAUUGUUGUUACUGCUGAGUCCUAUAACUGGUGCAUCCAGUGUGCUAGUCGAUGAGGUCAGGAUGCUGCCAUCCUUGGAUUAUUGUAUGUUUGGCCAUUAGUUUUUGAUCUCUAUUCUUUUCGGUUUAUGUGAACUGAUUGUUUAUUUUCUAGGGAGAGAAAACCUCGGAAAUUUGGUGAUCCAUCUAUUUUUUUUACCAUGUUGGUAACUCUCGAUGUGUAGACUGAUACGUCCUGUGGAAAAUACGUGUUUGUAGCAGAGUAUAAUACUAAUGGCUUUCAUGCUUGUCAUGUUGAUGUGGGGCUUUCAUGCUUGAGGAAAUAUAAUUUAAUAUUUCCGGUA